CAAAAAGCUGUGAAAAAGAUAUAUCUACGGAUAACGAGAGAUCCAUGAAUAUUUGCGUGAUUAUUUCUGUAUAAUAUCUGACUCACAAUGCGUCUUGGAUCAGCCCUGUUAAGCUAUAUAAAAGUCUGUAAAAUACCGUACAGAUACAGAGGGAAGUACCGUAAAGUGAAAAAGCCGUCGAUGCACGAUUUGCUCAAGAUGAAGCGCGACUUCGAGAGGGAGGAGCAGAACAUGUUGAUUCUGCGGCAUCCCUAUCUCACAACGGAACAAUCCCGAGGCCACAUGAAGGAGCAGAACGGUGAUAGAAAUUGCAAGUUUGUUGAGUUGAUGAUUCAGUACCAGCGCGAGAAGUUCCAGAAGGAAGUCACCUACGCCGAUCGUCUGUCCCACCUGAGAGUUACGGAAGCGUGGGACUGAGGCUUCCUACGGACACGCGUAACUCGGUUCCAUAGGAUUAUUUCAGUAGAUUCUCGUAAAUGAAAUAAGCGACGCGCAGUCAACGGCGACAUUUAAUUAUCUCUUUCUAUGCACAAUAUCGAAUAUAUUACAUCAAGUAUUAGCUAUAUAUUUAUGAAAUACAUAAGUUACGUCUAACGAGGUGCAUUCAGAAUGUACAAAAUAAAAGUUGGGACUAAUA